ACUGCAAGAGUCGUGGGAGAAAUAUACGCAUCAACAACUUGUUUCGGCUGUGAAACACAAUUUAAACCGCACAAUGCACUUGGUUAGAGCGAUUGCAUUCGAUGGAAGAGUCAAGGGCCUCUUUUACUCAGCGUGUUGUGGUAAGGAAAGCAAAAUGAUGGCAGAAGAGACAGAGGUUGAUUCCGGGAGUGAGUUUCCAGCUCACUAUAAAGUGAUGCUGGACAAACUGAAUGAACAGCGGCAACUAGACCAGUUUACAGACAUCACCCUCAUAGUGGACGGUCACCAGUUCAGAGCACAUAAAGCAGUGCUGGCAGCUUGCAGCCAGUUCUUCCACAAGUUCUUUCAGGAUUUCACACAGGAGCCUCUGGUGGAGAUAGAGGGAGUGAGUAACUCGGCCUUCAGGCAGUUGAUGGAGUUCACCUACACUGCAACCCUGGUUGUCAGUGGGCAAGAGGAGGUUAGCGACGUUUGGAAGGCAGCAGAAUACCUCCAGAUGCAGGGGGCCAUCAAGGCUCUCAACAACAGGGUAAGUGACAGCUCCAACUUUAGUCCUUCCCAGCCAUUGAUGGGGAAGAGCAAUUCAAUGAAGAGGAAGAUUUCCGAAACAUCAAACGUCAUCACCGAGACUCUGCCCUCAGUGGAGACUGAGCAGGUAGAGAUAGAGGUGAUUGGAGAGGGGGCCAUCGAGGUGGAGGAGGCUGGGCUAGAAGAGGUGGUGGAUGCAGCCAGGAACGCCCAGCAGGCCUCAGAUGAUUCUGCGUUAGCACUGCUUGCUGACAUCACCAGCAAGUACCAACAGGGGGAAACAUCACUGCAUUUAGUGAAGAAGGAGGAUCCAGAGGAGCUGGUAUACCAGGAGGAGACUGUGGCAGACUCAAAAGUUCUAGAGAAUGUGGAAGUGGUGGAAGUCCAGAUCUCCCAGCUAGACAACAUGUUCCGCUGCAAUAAAUGUGACCGCAGCUUCAAGCUCUACUACCACCUCAAACAGCACAUGCGAGCGCAUGUUAUCUCACUGGACAAGCCACACGUGUGCAGACACUGCGGGAAGGCCUACACGCGAGAAGGGGCACUCAAACAGCACAUCAACACGUUUCACUUUGAGGCAGAGGAGCUAUCUCGAGGUCAGAAGCCUCAGAAGAAACUGCACACUUGCGAGUACUGCGACAAACAGUUUGACCAUUUUGGACAUUUUAAGGAGCACUUGCGGAAGCACACCGGUGAGAAGCCCUAUGAGUGUCCUGACUGCCAUGAGCGCUUCGCCCGAAACAGCACACUGAAAUGUCACAUGACAGCUUGUCAAAAUGGCUCUGGGGCCAAGAAGGGCCGCAAGAAGCUUUAUGAAUGUCAGGUAUGCAACAGUGUUUUCAACUGCUGGGACUUGUUCAAGGACCACCUGGUGACCCAUACAGGAGACAAGCCUAACCACUGCACCAUGUGUGACUUAUGGUUCACCCAGCCCCAAGACCUACAAGUCCACUUCACUGAAGCUCACGGCGUCCAGGAGCUCAUUGCUGACCCAAACAUUGGCAUCACCAUUGGGACGCAUGACGAGGCCAUCUUGCUCGAGGAUAGCAUGCAUGUGGAGCAUGUUACUGUGGAGCCCGUGGAUGUUGUGGCAAUGGAGCAGGCGCCUCUGGGGAUGGAGGAUGAGGUGAUGACAGAGAUGUGUGAGGAGGAUGUUGUGAGGCUGAAAGAGGCAGGGGUGGAAAUCCAGGUGGUGCAGGUGUCAACAGGAGAGGAGGGGAACUCUGAGGUGAGGGUAAAAAGGAGUGUUAUAGUGGUGGAGAAAGCAGCAGAAUCUGUAUGAGACUGGAAGUAUUUACUGUUAUUUAUUUUGAGCCUGUUUUGAUGGUUUCAUCUGUUUCUUCUUCCCUCUGUGUCAGCUUCUGAUUCACUUUCAAACUUUUUCAUAAAUUAACAAAGUUUCUGAUAAACCUUUUCUCCUUUACCUGCCUCUUUUCUCAUUUCUACUCUAUGAACUAUGUAUUCUUUAUUGAAAUAACUACGUUUCAAUAUACUUCCACAACUGAUACAGAACCUUGUUGACAAAGGUUUUUAAGUUCUGAUCAUUUUGUUGAAUAAAGUUGGGUGAACGGGGGGGGGGAAAGCAUGUAAAGUAAAAUUAUCUGCCAGACUUCAACAUAUAUCAGGAGCUUAAGUUAGAAUAUUUUAGUUUAUUUGUAUAGCAAGAGAAGAUAUUUUAUUGUAAAAUAAUAUCUGAUCAUUUCCCCAUCACAUCUCUGAAACGUAUUUACUUUUACUGUUGACUUGCAGUUUCCAAAAUUUCCACAAAAUAGGGUGUUCACAAAGCUGGAAGUUUCAAUUGUCUGUUUUUUAUAUAAUUGUCUUUUUAUUUGUACAUCAAAAUAAAGAGAAGGAUUUUGUCAAA